UAGCUAAGCUAAGAUGUCUAAUCUCCAGUCGUGGGGAGUAAGAACGUUGAGGAAGGCCAUCUGAACGACAAACUAGCCCGUAAAAAUGCACAGCUAAGAGAUGUCUACUUUCAGCAGCAUACACAGACACCAAACUUUGGGAAGAAAGAGAACAUGAGCCUCAGAACUUGGCUGACCUGGCCUCCCUGAUGGACAGGACUUAUGAAAGAAUGUUUCCUGUUAGCUCACUGACCGUGUCUCGGUUUGUAGACAGUAUAACUUGUAAAGAGGAAGUUCACCAAGCAGAAUAUUACCUAUAUAAGUUUCGGCACAGUCCAAACUGCUGGUAUCUGCGGGACUGGACCAUGCACUCCUGGUUUAGACAGUGCCUAAAAUAUGGAGCUAGAGACAAAGCCCUGUACACACUCAAGAACAAGGUACAAUUUGGCAUGUUCCCGGAUGAAUUCACAUUUAACCUUCUAAUUGAUUCCUACCUAAAAGAUAAAGACUACAAGGGAGCCUGUGCUGUUGUUGAGGAGGUAAUGCUGCAGGAGACUUUUGACCUGCCCACCACGCAGAUAUUGUCCCUGUAUGCCCUGAGCAAAUAUUUGACAACCAAACCUGGCCUCAGCUGGCAGGAGCAGAGGAGCAUGGGAACAGCUCUCAUGCUAGCUGGACUGAAGCAGGAGAACUCAACAGGCCUCAAUGCCCAGGUACUGGGUCAUGCCCUCAUUGGUAAGGUGGAGAUGACCAGAGGCAUUCAUGCUGUGUUCCAUAAGAUGCCCUUGAUCUGGACCCCUGGAUAUUUCAGCCGAUCACUUGCCGUUAUGGAGAGAGUUUGUUCAGAUGCUGGAGAUUUGAGAUUAUCUAAGGAAGUUCUCGACACUGUACAGGAAAUGCUACAGGACCUGUCCUCCCCUACUACCUCUGAAGCAGGAGAAGAGAACACCACAGAAAACCAGACCGAUGAGAGCAUAGAUGAGGAAGAUGAGCUCGAAAUGGCUAAACUACCACUGUACCUAGCGAAGUUCAAGGAUCUGAGCGAGCAGCUCCAGGCCCGGGGGAAGGUGGAGUCGGCAGGCCUGGAGGCCCUCGUCUCUCGCCUGGCCCAGGAGACGCUGCCGGCCUGUGAAGAGGCCGACAUAGCAGAGUACAGGAGGAGAGUGCAGGAGUGGGAGGCCGAGCGCCUCCAGCUGAUCCGAAGGGAGGAGGAGAUGCGGGAGAAAACGAAACAGGAGCAGGAGGCCCGGAAAGCAGCCAGUGAUGCCCAGUGAGGCCCAGUAGUCUUUUUAUGUUUGUGUUAAGUGGAACUAAGACUGUAUGCUUUGUUGUUUUGUUUAUUUCCAGCGCAUCUAAUUCUGCACAGUAUAAAUAAACUACGAAGCUUGUCAACCAUUA